GAGAAAUAGUGAGAUAAAUGGAAGAAGCUGAGGUCGAGGGUUCAAAUCCUUAAAUGAGUAAUCACUUUCAACGGUCGCUUGGGCCUUUAACAGGCUUUUUUUUUUUUAUCUUUGCAGAUGAUGAAAGAUGGCUGCUCUUCUUUCUCUCUCAUCCUCGACCACCAUUAUUUCUCUUUCAUCUUCUCCUACUCUCUCUCUCCUCCCGAAUUGGCCGAGACCCACUUUGAAUCGCAGGCUGAAUUUGCAGAAAAGAGAGAAGAAACGUCAGAGGUUAAUUACAGCGAGUUUCUCUCCUGAUCCUCUCAUGCCCUCCUUUCUCUUACACGAAAAUGUUGGGUAUUCCCAGGCCAGCUACUACACCUCUCUCGGCCUCUUUGUCAUUUCAGUUCCUGGACUCUGGUCUCUCAUCAAGCGCUCUGUUAAAUCCAAGAUUGUGCAGAAAACUUUUGUGGGGAGUGAGAAAGAGGAGGGGAAGAAGGCCCCCAGUCAAAUUGCAGGCGAAAUACUUUCCUUCUUCACUCGCAACAAUUUCAUUGUUUCAGACAGGGGAGAAGCCAUCACGUUCGAAGGCAUGAUGGUUCCAAGCAGGGGGCAGGCUGCAUUGCUUACAUUUUGUACAUGCAUCAGUUUGGCAAGUGUUGCUCUUGUUCUUACUAUUACCAUACCUGAAGGGGGCAAUAGGUGGUUCUGGUUAACAGCUUUGAGUCCUCUAGCUGGGGCUUACUAUUGGAAACGAGCAUCUCGAAAGGAACAAAUCAAGGUUAAGAUGAUUCUAGCAGAAGAUGGUUCUCUUUCAGAGAUCAUUGUUCAAGGGGACGAUGAGCAAGUAGAACAAAUGCGGAAGGAACUUAAUCUUAUGGAGAAAGGGAUGGUAUAUGUUAAGGGCAUCUUCGAACGAUAAGGUGAUUUGUAUUGCUAUUUUUUUGUAGGCAAGAGGGAAAGCAACAAGCUAAGAGUAUGAAAGAAAGGGUUCUACAACACUCACUGUGGAUUUAUUUUUGCAGUGCUAAAUGGCCCCUUGAGUUAGGACAUAGUGGGUGAAACAAAUAGUCAAGGCAGAGCAAUGGCUCUCUAUUCUUUCUUCUGGAAACAAGUAAUAAAUGUCAUUUCAUCAUCUUUUCCUGUGAAAUAUUUAGAGGGUAUUGUUGAGGAGGAUU